AUGAGUCUCAAGAUACUUUCAUGGAAUGUGAGGGGAUUAUGUUCGAAUGAUAGGAGGCUGAUUGUAAAGAAAAUGAUUGGUCUUCUUCAAGCACCUAUCGUAAUCCUACAAGAAACAAAGAUGAUGCGUUGUAGUGAUCAUGACAUCCAACAAAUUUGUGGACACUCAAAUUUUGGAUGGACUUUUCAACAGUCAGUUGGUAAUUCUGGUGGGAUGAUCAUCUUAUGGGAUAAAGAUUUUCUUGAGGUUAAAGAAUCUUUAGUAGGUGAUUAUUCAUUAUCUAUCUAUUGUGUCAAUAAGCAUGAUGGUUUUUUUUGGGUUCUUACCAAUAUUUAUGGACCUAAUAAACCUCAUGAGAGGGCAGAUUUUUGGGAGGAGUUGGAUAACAUCUGUGGAUACUGGGACUUACCUUGGUGUUUGGGUGGAGAUUUCAACACCAUUAAGUGUUGUGAUGAGAAGAAGAAUUGUAAUACAAUCACUAAGAGUAUGAAGGACUUUGCUGAAUUCAUCUCUCAACACAACCUUAUUGAUUUACCUUUAAAAGGAGCUAGAUAUACUUCGUCUAAUGGGCAGAUCAAUCCUGUAAUGAGAAGACUUGAUAGAUUCCUCAUUUCUCCUUCCUUUGAACUUCAAUUCCCCUUGGCAACUCAACUUGAUAAAGCUAGGCCAACAUCAGAUCACAUUCCUAUCCUCCUAGAUAUCUCUGAUCCUUCUUGGGGACCUAGUCCUUUCAGGUUUGAAAUCAUGUGGUUUUUGGAGAAUGGUUUUUUGAAACUUUUAGAAGAUUGGUGGUUGUCUUUUUCUUUUGCAGGUAGUCCAAGUACAACAUUGUGGUUGAAAUUGAAGGCUUUAAAGAAGAAGUUGAAGGUGUGGAAUAGGGAUACUUUUGGUCACACUAAUACCAAACUCAAGCACAUACUGGAAGAGAUACAGUUCUUUGAUCUUUUGGCAGAAGACAACAUCCUAGAUGAAUCUCAGUUGGCAGAUAAACUUAAAUCCAAGUUGAGUUUGAGAAAGUUACUAAAAUGA